AUUUUUUUUUCCCUUUUUCCAACAAGCGUUUCCUUUUCUUUUCUUAAUCAACACUUUCUUCAACUGUUUUUAUUUAAUUAAUCUUUCUAAAUAAUUGUACAGUACUUUUUUUUCAUUCAUUAUAAUCUUUUAUUUUUAUAUGAAUAUAUAAACACAAUCACAAUCAAACUUUUUGUUUUGUUUUGUUUUGUGAGAGAUUUAAAGUGUGAAAAAAUGGGUGAAACUGAUAACCACCACCACCACCACCAAGCACCACCGCCAGUUCAGGCACCACCACCGCAGAAUCUGGGACUUUCAAGAGGACCUACUUGGACUCCAGCUGAACAGCUUCUUCAACUUCAUUAUUGCAUCCAUUCUAAUCCUUCAUGGCCGGAAGCAUUACUUUUGGGUUUUCAGCACUACAUUGUGAUGCUUGGAACAACGGUUCUGAUUGCCACCAAUCUUGUACCUCAAAUGGGUGGGAGUCAUGGCGAUAAGGCUCGUGUGAUUCAGACAUUGUUGUUUAUGUCUGGCAUCAACACAUUGCUUCAGACUUGGUUUGGUUCGAGGCUUCCAGUAGUUAUGGGCGGAUCACUUGCUUUCGUACUCCCAGUGAUGUCGAUCAUCAAUGAUUACAAUGACCAGACUUUUUCAUCUGAGCAUGAGAGGUUUACUCGCACAAUGAGAACAAUUCAAGGAUCCCUCAUUGUUUCAUCUUUCAUCAAUAUCUUCCUUGGAUAUAGUAGGGCAUGGGGAAAUUUAACAAGGUUGUUUAGUCCCAUUAUCAUUGUACCUAUAGUAGCUGUGGUCGGUCUCGGUCUAUUCACGAGGGGCUUUCCGCUGGUUGCAGAUUGUAUCCAAAUUGGACUGCCUAUGCUCAUUCUCCUGAUCAUAACACAACAGUAUUUGAAGCGCCUUCAUCCUCAAGCUCAUCAUAUACUUGAGAGGUUUGCUUUACUAAUCUGCAUUGCCAUUAUUUGGGCUUUCGCCGCAAUCCUUACCGUUGCUGGUGCAUACAAUAAUUCCAAAUCAAAGACCCAAACGAGUUGCCGCACAGAUCGCUCCUACCUUUUGACUUCUGCUCCUUGGAUUAAAGUUCCAUACCCAUUUCAGUGGGGUACCCCCAUAUUCAAGGCUAGUCAUGUCUUUGGGAUGAUGGGAGCAGCACUUGUCACUUCUGCUGAGUCAACUGGUACUUACUUUGCCGCAGCCAGGCUUUCUGGUGCAACACCCCCUCCUGCACACGUGUUCAGCCGAAGCAUUGGACUCCAGGGUAUUAGCAUGCUGAUUGAAGGCAUUUUUGGUUCUGUUGUUGGUACUACAGCAUCCGUCGAAAAUGUUGGUCUACUUGGUCUCACUCAUAUCGGGAGCAGAAGAGUGGUGCAAAUAUCAUGUGGUUUCAUGAUUUUCUUCGGUAUUUUCGGUAAAUUCGGCGCCUUUUUUGCAUCGAUUCCCCUACCCAUAUUUGCUGCUAUAUACUGUGUUUUAUUUGGCAUUGUUGCUGCUACUGGGAUCUCAUUCAUACAAUUUGCAAACAACAAUUCCAUAAGAAAUAUCUAUGUUUUCGGCUUAACCCUAUUUCUCGGAAUCUCAAUUCCUCAAUAUUUUAUCAUGAACACCGCACCUGACGGUCACGGUCCUGUUAGAACAAACGGUGGAUGGUUUAAUGACAUAUUGAACACAAUAUUCUCAUCUCCACCAACUGUGGCAAUAAUAGUUGGAACUGUUAUUGACAACACACUUGAAGCAAAACAAACAGGUGUUGAUAGAGGACUUCCAUGGUGGGUUCCUUUCCAGAAUAGGAAGGGAGAUGUUAGAAAUGACGAAUUUUAUCGCUAUCCGCUUAGGUUAACUGAAUAUAUUCCUACCAGAUUUCUAGAUUAAGUGCUUAUAUUUUAAGCAUAGAAUUUUAUGAGCACAGUUGCCUUGUAAGAUAUGGUGUUAAACAAAAAUUUUCAUAUAGGCAAUUAUUAGCCAAAUUUUACCUUUGGAAAAUUUAUUUAUGUGAGUUGUUAUAUAGUUCUUUA